ACAUUAGUCAUAGUUUACAGUACCAAAUUUGGAAAGUGGCUCGCAUUUGUAUAAUUUUGUUUAGUCGUGCCGCGUCUGGUAAAUGUGACGGACGUGCUAGAGUGUAACUUUUACGAGUUGGAUUACCUUCUGGAGUCACGAUGCGGGAGAAGAAAAGUGGCGCACUUUCGAGAAUGCAGAAACUCAAGAAAAGACUGUCACAUUCCUUCGGACGACUAAGUAAGUUCCAUGAUAUUGCUAACGAGGUUUUUAUUGCAGUCUCCAAGGAAGACCCAGAGGACCACGUCUCCGGAAAGUUACCUUACAACGGUUACAGUGACGAAUUCCUCGACCGGCUGGAACCGAACGGUAACAUUCCCGAGGGAAAGGCUGAUCUCAAGUACACCGACUGGAACACGGUGAGGGGGCACAACAAUAGGGUGGUGAAAAGGCAACUGUCAGUAUCUUCAGAUAGUAAACUAUUGGACGACGACAUUAGGGAGGAAGCACGUGUGAUAUUACGACCUCGAAAACCUCCUAGACCUAAGUCGGAAGUCCUACUUAAUAACCCAGGAAGCGAGCACCGGCGAACGAAACGUUUUUCGGCGUUCGGUGUAAGUGAUCACGACGACCUGUCGCAACCGGGUGAUUCGCCGUUUGGGAAAUCAGAAGCUUAUAUUAAAUUAGAACAAUUAGGUGAAGGGUCCUACGCUACAGUGUACAAAGGAUAUAGCAAUUUAAAAAACCAAGUAGUAGCAUUGAAAGAGAUUAGACUGCAAGAGGAGGAAGGGGCUCCGUUUACCGCAAUAAGGGAGGCUUCACUUCUCAAAGAACUGAAACAUGCCAAUAUAGUAACACUACACGAUAUAGUGCAUACGCGCGAAACUCUCACGUUUGUAUUUGAGUAUGUGCAUACGGAUCUAUCUCAGUACCUUGAAAGACAUAGCGGCGGUUUGGAGUCGCGUAACGUUAGGCUGUUCCUUUUUCAAUUAUUACGAGGUCUUUCGUACUGUCACAAGAGACGAGUACUGCAUCGUGACGUUAAACCACAAAACCUGCUUAUUAGCGAGAUAGGAGAAUUAAAAUUAGCCGACUUCGGGCUGGCCCGAGCUAAAUCCGUUCCUAGCCACACUUAUUCGCACGAGGUGGUCACGUUGUGGUAUCGGCCUCCGGACGUUCUCCUUGGCAGUACGGAAUAUUCGACUUCUUUGGAUAUGUGGGGCGUCGGCUGUAUAUUCGUCGAAAUGAUUACCGGCAUGGCAAUCUUCCCCGGCGUUCGAGAUACCAACGACCAACUGGAUAAAAUUUUUAAGGUGUUGGGUACUCCGGGGGAGGAAGACUGGCCGGGUGUGACAACGUUACCGGGCUACAAACCGCAUAAAUUGGGACAAUAUCGGCCGAGAAAGUUAGGUUUAUACUGGCCGAGAUUGCACGACGUUGUUCAAGGUGAAGCUAUGGCCACUGCUCUUUUACAGUUGGAUCCUGCGCACAGAUUAGGGGCGGAUGACGCGAUGUGUCAUCCAUAUUUUAAUGGUCUACCAAAAAAAUUGCUAGAACUGCCAGACGAUGUUUCCAUUUUUAGCGUGGAAGGCGUACACUUAUACCCCGAACACUACACCGCAAUUAAAUGAGACUCGUUCACAUCUUUUCAAGAAAGUUUCGAGCAAUGACGAUCUGCAGGUCUGCUUUCGCGCGCUGCCUUCCUUAAUUUUCACACUGUGGCUCACUUCAUUCCGUUAGAUUUUUGUUUGUUUUGGUUUUAAUUGUAAGGACUGCUCUGUUUUAUUAUUUAUAAUAAAUAAUUUUAGUUUAAUAUAGCGAGAAAUAAAAGUUAUUCACUUCAACGAACAUUUUUCUUUUUCAAUGGUAAGUAGGUGAACGACAGUGUGACGGUAUUCAC